GGGCGGGGAGGGAUUGCAACACCACCGGGGACAGGAUGAGGAGGAGGACAAGAAGGACGGGGAGGAGGACGGGGAGGCAUUGAAAGCGGAGGAGGGUGAUGACGACGAGGACGACAAGGAGGAUGAUGAAGAAGAACACAAGGAGGAGGAGGAUAAAGGAGGAUGAAGAAGAAGAGGAAGCGGCGGAGGAGGAGGAAGAAGAAGAGGAAGAAUACGGGGAGGACGAGGAGGAGGAUGGCAACAACAACGACGAGGAAGAGGACGCGGCGGAGGAGGAAGGGGAGCAGGAGUGGGCCGCAGCGAUGAACACAAAUCGGGACACUGCGAUGAUGGGCAAGGAGGAGGAGGAAGAAGAAGAAGAGCAGGAAGAGGAGGAGGAGGAGGAGGACGACGACGACGACGAAGAAGAAGAAAAGGAUGAAGAGGAGGAGGACAACGAGAAGGAGAGCAACGAGGAGGAGGACAACGAGAAGAAAAGGAUGAAGAGGAGGAGGACAACGAGGAGGAAGAACACGAAGAGGAGGAGGAGGAGGAAAGAGAGAAGAUACAAGGGACUGUGGCGAUGGAGGCAAAUUCGAACGCCGUGGUGAUGGAGGAGGACUUGGACGAGGACGAGCCGGGGUGAUGCCCUGUAA